GUACUAAAAACAGCUUUCCAUACAUUAAUGGUAAUCUCGGAAUGAUUCUUUACAAAAUUACAACUUUUUUUCCACUCGAGGUCGAUUUCAAAAAUAAAAAGUGAAAGAAGUACAAUGAACAUCAGGUGCCAGGUUAGCUCUGCAUGAGAAGAGCUCGUAGAAGAUGAAACGUGCAUUUAUGCCCAGUUUAUUCAAGAAUAAACGACCCAGGACUGUCAACAACUCGUCCGCGGGAGCCAGCGGACGUAAGCAGUUGAAUAAAGGGGAAACUUCGGGCGACGAAGACUUGAGUAAUUUGCCGUCAGAUACCAAGGCAGCGUUGGCGUACCUCAGAAGUCUCUUUGACAUCCGUCACUUUGAGGGUAGGAUUCCACCAAUCUUACUCAAGCAUCAACUGUACAGCAUUAUCCAAAAUAAAACUCAAGUUGACAGAGAAGUGGAUCAACUUCGAGAUAAGAAGGAAAUCAGACUCUUCCGGUAUGGCAAUAGCAAGGAUGUGGACGAGUUCUGCAUCGUCUUCUCGGAUGACUAUCUUUCCCACGUCCGUAAGACGGCAAACCAGCAAGGAAUUUCAGAUCUCAUUGAUCGAUUCGUACCAGAGAUCCUAGAGAAGAUGAACAAUAUUACCUUCACUCGUCAGAUGCUCUGUGAUGUGCACAGAUUCAAGGACAAAGAAAUCACAAUGCUAGUAAAUGCUGGGAUGCUGACAGUACGAGACGUUGGGUCAUGGUGGCUCUCUAUUCCCGGAGCUGGAAUCUUCAUGAAAAAUUUCUCUAAAGGAAGACAGUCUGUUUUGAGAGCAAUCAAGAAAUCCAAAUACAGAGAAAUAUUGCAGAAGGAGUUAGAGCAGAGAAAGUUGCAGGGAGUCCAGAAACUGAGCAUGAUGUAUCAUAUACAUGAUAUCAUAGGGGCUGAACUUGUUACCAAGAUUAAAACAACAUCAGGGAUAAUUCUAAGAUUAGAUGAGUGAGAUGAUCCACCCCCUUCAAUGGUCUUAAGUGCCUGUAGAGUGUUUCAUCUUCAAGUUGUCAUAUCUGAAAGCUUCCUUGAUUUUUAUUGGCUGAGAAGCACUGUUGCUAUGGUAACUUUUGAUUUAAACAUACGACAAAUCUUUCCAUCAUUAUUAAUUUCUUGCCAAUAUUAAACUUGUUCACUACAGGCACCAUGUGGUGCCUUUUAUUAAUUUAUCUUUUGAAAUUUAUUACAUGUGUAUUCUCACAGCAAUGGUUUGGUCAAGCCUAGGUGAACUCAGACUUCACUUCUAUGGAAUGCCAUUUGCCAUCACAUUCACCAAGUACAAAUUAUUGUUAUCCAGCACGAAAAGCUAGAUGAAAUCUGGCAUUCCAUAGAAGCAUGUACUAAAAUUCUUGUUAAACCAUGGCUUUUAUCAGAAGACCACUGAAGGCAUCUAUAGUAUAAUAGAUUUUUGUUGAUUAUUUUAGAUUUCUCAUAAUUUGGGUGGAACAUGGAAUUUCAUACAGAACACAAUAGGGGUAGAAGUAUAUAAUUUUAAUCAAACUGAUUUCCAGUGUUUAGCGUGUGUUAUUUAAAAACAGACUUUGCUAUUUAAAGUCACCAAAGAAAACCAAAUUUGAAUUUUAGAAUCCCACAGAAAAUAUUAGAGUGAGGUAUAUUACAUAUUUUUAAUGAGAACUAGGGACUUUAAUUUGGCUUUUUUCCUUUACUCUGAAUACAUUUUUCUGUCUUAUUGGACUUUUUAAAAAAGAGUUAUCAAGCUAAAACAUAAAAAAAAAGUAUACUCAUUUUAAUUUCCUUUUUUUUAAAUGUUCUUAAAGAACCUGGGCAAAAUUUGUUGAAACAUCCUGAAAGCUGUGAGAUGAGCCCAAAUAACAUGUCACUGGUGCUAAGGAAGAAUCAUUAAAGUAUUUAAUAUCUUUCAUCUCUUUGAUGGAUGGAGAAGUAUUUGAAAACAGUUCCAUUCAUUAUUUUGAACUUACAAUUGUCAGUCAGCAGGCAGGCCCUCAUAAAGUAGCUUCUUUUAUCCAAGUGAUAUUCAAUGACUAGAGGAUUUUUGCAUUGUUAAUGAGCUUGGUGCGGACGAAUACACCUCUUUUUAUUAGGCCAUUGCUGCUCUAAAUAUUGACAAAAUUUCAUGUUUUUGGUAUAUUUAUAAAGAAGAAAAAUCCUUCUUCGUGUGUCUGAAUUUUAUAAAAAAGAUUUUGUAAUGGGUAUAAGUUUUGAUCUAUAACAUGAUACAAAAUAAUUAUUUUCAUGCAACAAAAGUUGUUGUUUUUUACACUUAAUUUCUGUUUGAGCUCAAAUGAGUUUUAGAUUAUGAUAAAGCGAUAAAGCUUAAGAUCUAAGCUUUAAUAUGAUAUAGGUUUUAUAAGUUGAGGUAUUUUAGAUGGGUCAGCAGCCAGCUUUUCAUAGGCCAAGUACAUCUGGCAGCUUAAAAGUAAGAAUACUGUGCUCUGAUUGGUCAUAGAGACCACACACCCAUGCAAAUUCCACACUGGGCCUUUGCAAGGUCACACUCACCAUGUGGUAAUCUCUUCAAAUUACCCGCGCCUGUUGUUUUGAAAACAUUAUUCAGCCAAUCAGAACUCUGGAUUUUAUGCUACUCAGAAAUUCCAGAAAUCUUGUCUUGCAUCUUGAUGGAACAAACUGGCUGCUGACCCAUCUAAAAGGUGCCACGUAUCAAGAGUGACAUUGUAAGAAAGUAUAGAGUUUUAGCUUUCUGAUGAUAUAAAUAGUAUUUGUGCCCAAAACAAAGAGUUUUGCACAAUUUACAAGAGAAAACAGAGGAAGAAAAUUUGUUUGAGGCAUCUUUUCAGACCUGACAUUCACUUAUUUAUCAAAAUAUUUUAUUCAAAACAAAUUGCCAAUAUACAGGGGUGUGAGAGCUCUGAUUUUUGCGAAAUUCCGAUUUUUUUUUGCAUCAAACAGCAAUUGUCAUUUUCCGCUUUUUUUUCUUCAAAUUUCCGAGUAUUGUUUAGUAUUAGUUUACCUCUUAAUGGUUCAGCAUACAUUGACGACAUAUCGCUUGAGUGUGUGCGACUUCUGCAAUCUGAUCCGACUAGCACUUCAGUACAAUGCCAUGCAAUGCGUGCCCUCAACUUUUGUAUUUAGCACAUGCGGAAAUCGGAUCGUCCUAGCGGAGGGAUGAGCUGAGAGGGAGAGAGAUAGGGAGGGAGCUAGCACGGCGAGGGAUCUGUGCCUUUGCCAGCACCUCCCCUGAUUGCGUGGUGGUGGUUGUGGUGGAGGUGGUGGAGGAGGAGUGUCAUUGCCACUGCUAUCUUCAAGUUCUUCAGCUGAUUCCUCACACCGGAUUACCGACUCAUUAGCAUCGCCUCCAGCAUCUGGCAUGAGUCCAGAACUCCAUGAGUCGAACAGUGGAAUUCAACAUUGCAGCUGGUCAGGGCUAUCCAGGGGGUAGUGCUGCUUCACCAGCUCAAAGAAUGCAUGGAAUAUGUUCCUUUAGGAGACUCGGUUUCUCCACACAAUCUCGGCGAGAUGUGCCUCAAAUUUAGCCAUGCUGUUGCCAUUUAUCUGUUUGAAGUGGUCUUUAGCGUGUUUCCAGGACCCUUCGAUCCUAUUCGUGAGCACCUUAAUUAUCUCUUCUGUUAUCACAUUCCUAUAUUCCUUCUGAAAUGCAUACUUAUGGAUCACGGUAAAGUGCUCAUUUAAAGAUGAGUACGCUGACCAUCCGUCACUGUAUAUUCUUGUCCCUGGCUCAACGUGUCUUUCGAUAAGGGUCACUUAUGUCUUUUCAUCCCUCCUGUCAACGGGGUAGACAAUAGGUCGAUUCGUCUCCCUCUCAAUCAUCUCGAAAAUCCAUACUUUGUGGCCGGGAUUUGGAUUCCCGCGAUUAAUCUUGCACCUCCUCCUGAAGAACUUCUCAUCUAAUUCCACUUCGCCUCUCAAUCUCUCAGUGUCCUUUUAGUAUAGGUCGUUAACAAAUUGCCUGCAGAUAUCUCGCAUAUAAUUUGCCCAGUUAACUGAUGAUACAGAGUAUCCUAUUCCAGACAUGUUUGACACUUGCUUCAGGCUAGGAUUAAAUAGCCAGAGCCACAUGAAUAGCAGUAUGUCUCUCACAUCAAAGUGAGUAUGCUCGAAAAAUGAGUUCUUGGUGACGCAAAAGGUCUUAUCGUGGGCAUUUGCUCCUCGUUGCCUGCAUCUCCAGACAGAUCCUGAUGUUCUCCCAGCUUUCUUUUGGAGGCUGCAAUGCCGUCCGCAUACUUUGCAAAUCAUAGAUCUCGCAACAAGGCCGUCAUCCCUCAGCCACUUCCAUAUCUCUUCCUCGCUUGAUGAGCCAAACAAUGC